AUGCCUGGCAAAAUCAUCGACAAAUAUGAUCAUGUCCCUGUCACGAAGGAAGAGCUGGACUGGGCUGAGCUGGUCACUCUUGACUUAAGCCUUUAUGAGCAACCAGGUGGCAAGGAGCAGCUUGUUAAGCAACUGAAACAUGCCGUGCAGCAUGUUGGAUUCUUCUAUGUGAAAAGAUUCAAUAUCAGCCAAGAAGAAGUCGAUCGUCAGUUCGCUCUUGGACGUGAAUUCUAUGCCCUUCCCCUAGAGGAGAAGCUCAAGUACCACAAUACCAACGAUCUUGUUAAUGGAGAGUAUAACGGCUACAGGCCCGCUGGCCACCGCAUCAUGGGUAAUGGUGUGAAAGACAACGUCCAGGUUUACAACAUCCCGAAAUUUGAUGGAUUCCACCAACGACAACAGCCCCCUGUCAUCGCCGAUAGAAUUGAAGAGAUCGAAGCUUUCAGCAGGAAAUGCCACACCGAGGUAGUGGAGAAGUUGCUUCGCCUGUUUGCCAUUCUUCUCGAGCUGCCAAGUGAAGACCAACUGGUCCGCGAUCACCAGUACGAUGUGAAGGGCGAAGACCACCUACGCUACAUGCACUACGCAGCACGCUCGGUAGAGGAAAAUAAGAAGGUCGGCAGUCUUUACAGUGCCGGCCACACAGAUCUCGGAUCCAUUACUCUGCUGUUCCGACAGCCAGUGGCAGCACUGCAAAUCCUUAAUUCUGCAGGAGAGUGGAAGUGGGUGCGUCCUCAAGAUGGAACGAUCACCAUUAACACCUGUGAUGCUCUUACUGCAUUGACUGGAGGGUAUAUCAAGUCAAGUAUUCAUCGAGUUCACACCCCACCUGCGGAUCAGGCUCACGUUGACCGUUUGGGAGUUCUUUACUUUGCUCGACCCAACAACCAUGUGGUUCUCGAUCCCAUCGACAACAGCCCGGUGCUGACUCGCUUGGGUCUCACGCAGAAUGCUUUCACAGAACUUGGUCAGCAUCUUACUACUGAACAGUGGGUUAAGGUUCGACAGUCUCAACAGCAACGACGCAAUAAGGAUAUCAAAAUUUCCGAGACUGGAAAAUUCACUUACGGGAAAGGGGAUCUUGAUAUCAUUCCUGGUUUAAAGGCGAAGAUGUAUGAUUAA